GCGGCCGCCGCCGGGCCUGACUCACGGCCCCGCCCUCCAGGACCGGACGCUGCGGGAGGCCCCGGAGCCGCGGAUCCACGGACGGGAGUCUUGAGUCGCUGCCAUGUUCCUGGUUAACUCGUUCCUGAAGGGCGGCGGCGGCGGCGGCGGCGGGGGCCUGGGCGGCGGUCUGGGGAAUGUGUUGGGGGGUCUGAUCAGCGGGGCGGGGGGCGGCGGGGGUGGCGGCGGCGGCGGAGGAAUGGGCCUGGGCGGCGGCGGCGGCGGCGGCGGCGGCGGCGGCGGGGGCACCGCCAUGCGCAUCCUGGGCGGAGUCAUUAGCGCCAUCAGCGAGGCAGCUGCGCAGUACAAUCCGGAGCCCCCGCCCCCACGCACCCAUUACUCCAACAUUGAGGCCAACGAGAGUGAGGAGGUCCGCCAGUUCCGGAGACUCUUUGCCCAGCUGGCUGGAGAUGACAUGGAGGUCAGUGCCACCGAACUCAUGAACAUUCUCAACAAGGUGGUGACCAGACAUCCUGAUUUGAAAACUGAUGGCUUUGGCCUUGAUACCUGCCGCAGCAUGGUGGCUGUGAUGGAUAGCGAUACCACAGGCAAGCUGGGCUUUGAAGAAUUCAAGUAUCUAUGGAACAACAUCAAGAAGUGGCAGAUGAUAUACAAACAGUUCGAUGUGGACAGAUCCGGGACUAUCAGCAGCAGGGAGCUCCCAGGGGCCUUUGAGGCAGCAGGCUUCCACCUGAAUGAGCAUCUGUACAACAUGAUUAUCCGGCGCUACUCCGAUGAGAAUGGGAGCAUGGAUUUUGACAACUUUAUCAGCUGCUUGGUCAGACUGGAUGCCAUGUUCCGUGCCUUCAAAUCUCUUGAUAAAGAUGGCAGUGGACAAAUUCGAGUGAACAUCCAGGAGUGGCUGCAGCUGACAAUGUAUUCCUGAGUGGGAUCCCCUGCCAUUUAGCCCCUCACCUCCUCACUGUGGCGCUGUCUCAUACCUGGAUGUUACCCAGGGCUGAUCUGUCUUCGGGCAUAGUGUCAUAGCACAUCCUGUUAUCCACAGGCCUUUCCUUCCGCAGCCCUUGGCACCCAGCGGCCCCUACACCAGCCAGAACCCAACAUGUCCCAUCUUGCCAUACCCUGUGUCAUCCCUGGCCUUAAGAUACCCUCUGCCCACAGGUCACCGCACCCCACCACACCCUCUCCAUUACCUAUCCUGUACCUGUGCCAAACCCCACACUUCCAUGUCCCCAGGGCCCUAUCUCAGUUCUGAGAUGAUCACUCCAGUCCCGACACACCCUGGCUUAGUUACCACCCAGGCAGCCAAAGAAGCUCCAGGUUGCUGCAGGCUCACACACCCCAGUGCCUUUGCCUGUACCCUGCUCCCAGCCUGCCAGGCCCAAGGAGGAAAUAAACGCUGUCCAGUUGC